CAAUGUGUGAUGUCAUCCUCAUAUCUCCAAAAAAAAAAAGGACAUUAAAUGGAAUAAAAAUUUCUCGCUAAUGCUAAAAUAAUGAUUUACACAUCCGCUAGUCAUAAAACAGAUACUCCGAUUCAAUCACCAGUAGUUCAUAUGAAGACUCUUGACAAUGUUGAGUAACAAAUCUGAGAAAUGGGUGAAAGUAAGAUGAAAAAUAGCUUUAUCAUGAAUAUCUUAAAUAUGCAUUUUUGCCUAAAUGCUAGUGUACUCUUCCAGUGGAUGUCUCCCUUCCUCCACAGUCCAUACAUGCUCCAAAAUUCUCACUGACUCCUAAGGCCCUUUACACGUGCGCGAACUUGGGGCUACGCACAUGCAUCCAUGGCUUUCUGGCAAUGGUCCGCUGACUGUCUAUUAGGCAGACAUUCUGUGGCUGAUUUGGCCACAGCUAAUGCUAACAGAAACAUUAAGUCUUCUCCAGAACCAUGAAGCUUGGUCAGUUUUGCCAGUUUUGUUCUACUGUGGCACACUGAAACUAGAGACUAGACUUCUCAGAAAACAUGGGCCUAAACAGAGUAUAGGUGGCGAUACAGGCCACACUUCAAAUCUGGCACAUUCAAAAUGAUGGCAUUUCUACUCUGUCAGGCCAAAAUGUCUGAAAGUUGGUAUGCAUGCCUUGUUGCUCAUGGGGAACAAAAAGGUCUCUAGAACCCAUAAUGUCCACAUGAUGGAUUUUUCUCUACAAUGAUCAUUUGUGGAAAACUACAAAAAUGGACUUAGAAUCUGCCAUUGAUCCAAAUGCGUUGAAAUGUAUCUGUGGGAUGCAUUUCUCCACCAUGUAAAUUUUUAAAAUACUCCGCAAUCUUGAGGAGGAAUCCGCCAUUGCUGUUUGCAGCUAUAUUACAGAUUUAGUCCCACCUUCACUCUUAUGGACUUUCCACUAGAUUUUGGAGCAUGGCUGUGGGGAUUUGCCCAUUCGGCCAUGAGAGCAUUAGUGAGGUCAGGCACUGAUGUCAGGCAAGGACGCCUGGGAGGCAGUCUGCCUUCCAGUUCAUCAGGUGUUCAAUGGGGUCGAGGUCAGGGAUCGGUGCAGGCCACGAGUUCUUCGACUCCAACUAUGCCUUUAUGGACCUCACUUACUAUCAUGUUGGAACAGGUUUAGGUUAGGGCCAUUAAUUCCAGUGAAGGGAAAUUGUAAUGUUACAGAAUACAAAGUCAUCCUAUACAAUUGUGUGCUUCCAACUUUGUGGCAACAGUGGAGAAGGUCUAUAUAUGGGUCUGAUGGACAGGUGUCCACAAACCUUUGGCCAAAUCGUGUAUGUUCAGUACGUCAAUAUAGUACUUCAAAAUAGGUAUGUGCUGACAGGUCCUAGAUGGUUUAGGGGUUAAGGGGUUAACUAUGGCAAAGACCGUAACCAGAUAGAAGGGUGGCAACAGAAUAAAUAUUAGACUGACACAGGUGAGAAAUAACAGGUCAUGGAGCAAAAAGUGAUGGCCAAUCUACAAGUAAUGCAUCCACAUAUCGCUAUUUCACAACAGUAUUGAGGUCUAGUCUUUUAUGCCGCAUCUUAAAUGAACCACCUGUGUGGUCAUUAACUUUUCCGUUUCACAUUUUACUGAAAGCAGUGGAUAUGAAUAUUCGGACUUAUGUGAAAAUCUGGAUUAUGUGAUUUAAUGGCCACAAAGUGAUUAAUACCCUUCUAUAAACUCAAAUCUGAACCAAAUGAUUUUGAUUGCAUGAAUUAUCAUGAAUUAUUUGAUGGAGUGAAUUAUGAAUUAUUAAAAAUGCAAUUUCGAUGAAUUAGGAUUGCAGGUGUAGAUAUUUAGAACAAAAUCUUUGCUGUGCUGCAGGUUUAUCAUGCUGUGGCAUCUGGUUUAAUCCUGACUUAGAUUCAGUUUAUCAGUCAAUACAAUUUAUAGGGGUAGAACACAAUUCAUACUUAAAGGGAUAGUUCACCCAAAAAUGAAAAUUCUGUCAUCAAUUCUGUCAAAAUUCUGUCAUCAAAUCCAAACCCAUAAGACUUUCAGUCAUCUUCGGAACACAAAUGAUGACAUUUUAAUGAAAGAGAUUUCUGUCCCUCCAUUUACAGUUCACGUAACCAAAACUUUCAAGCUCCAAAAAGUUCAUGAAGGCAUCAUAAAAGUAAUUUGUGAGACUACACUUUCACUACACAUUAUCAUCAAUCCUCAGAACAUUCUCCCAAAAUGUUUGAGGAUCAUCAAGGUGUGUUUUGGGAAGAUUCAGACGAGCCUUAAUGUUCUUCUGGGUUAGCAGUGAUUUUCAUCUCACCACUCCUCCAUGGAUGCCAUUUGUGCCCAGUGUCUUUCUGAUAGUGGAGUCAUGAACAGUGACCUUUAAUGAUGCAAGAGAGGUCUGUAGGUCCUUUGAUGUUGUCCUUGGCUCGUUUUUGACUUGCUGGAUGAGUAGUUCCUGUGCUCUUGGAGGAAUUUUGGAAGGUCGGCCACUUCCAGAAAGGUUCACUAUUGUGCCAAGUUUUUCCAUUUGGAGAUAAUGGCUCUCACUGUGAUUCUUUGGAGUCUCAGAGCCUUUGAAAUAGCUUUGUAACCCUUCCCAGACUGAUGUAUUUCAAUCACCUUCUUCCUCAUAAUUUCUGGAAAUUCUUUAAAUUUUGGCAUAGUGUGUUACUAGAUAAGACCCUUUAACCAACUUCAUGCUGUUGAAAAGGUUCUAUUGAAGUGUUGAUUUGAUUGAACAGGGUUUGCAGUAAUCCAGCCUGGUUGCGUCUAGUCCAGAUGAACCCCAUUAUAAAUGCAUUUCAUAGAUUUGAUGAAUUAGUAACUACGGGGCAAAUACAUUUUCACACAGGCCCAGUUGGUAUUGAAUAAUUUUUUUGCUUCAAUAAAUAACAUCAUUUAAAAAAGAUAUUUUGUGUUUACUCAGGUUGCCAUUGUUUUAUUUUAGAUUUUGUUUUAAUUUCUGAAACAAUUUAGUAUGAGAUAUACACAAAAACAGAAGAAACACUGUAUUUUCUCUUCCAUAUAGAUCUCUGAUGCACGUUAACGAGAGAACCGCGAUGCAUACGUGUUGUGUUGACGCGAGAGUGGACAAAAAAAUGUCCGUAGGUUUGGACAAAUAAAGAAAUGCAAGAUCUUCAUGGCUGACCCUGCUCUCUGAUAUGCCGGGGUAUGCGAAGAUUAGAAUUUCACUGUGCAUAUGUUAUCAAUAAACACUCAUUAUCAUCAUGUCCUCCUCUAUGUCAAAAUCUGCAGACACCUUUGUUAGAAAGAUUGUCCUAUGUGACUCAGUUUGUGUACAGUGUCCCUCUUCCUCUGCUGUAAACAGUGCAGCACUUCUGGGUCCCGUUGUAUCACAAGAACGCGAGAGCAGAUGUUCUUGUGAUACAACAGGACCCAGAAGCACUGCACUGAUUACAGCAGAGGAGGAGGGCCACAGUACAAAACUGAGGGUAUGUCUCAACCAGCUCCCUAGUUCAGUAGUUAGGGCACUGAUCAGGGAGUCAGCCAUUUUAAGGGCUAUCUGAAUUGCAAAAUCCUUCCAGUGCACUGAAACGUUCAGUCCCUAAAAUAUCUCACAAUGCACUGCAAAAACCAGGGAGCAUCGAUGCUCACUAUGUUCCCUUACUGGAAAUGACGUCAUGUUUUCAACCAACUUCCAAAUUGCGGAAGAGACUACUCCACACCUGAACCUCAGAGAGCGAGCCAUGUUCCUACCUGAGGUCAAAGAGACGGCCUCCCAAGCCAUGUUGCUGUCUGAGGUCAACGAGGUGACCUCCCAUGCCAACUUCUUGUCUGGGGUCGAAGAGACGGCAUCCCAAGCCACGUUCCUGUCCGAGGUCGAUGAGACGGCCUCCCAAGCCAUGUUCCUGUCUGAGCUCGACAUCACAAUCAGCAACGUUAUGUUUGCAUCUGAGUCUGCUGACACGGCCAACCAAGUUCUGCUCACGCCAGAGUCUGCUUACACGGCCAACCAAGUUCUGCCUUCCUGUUCCGCUGAGGACAUUGCUCUGCAUUACUGUUCUGCUGAAGACGUCGCUAUGACUUCUUGCCCUGCUGAAGCUGAUGACCCAGCUUCCCACACCUGGGUGCUGUCUAGCGACCACGGCAAGCCGGCCCCAACCUCAUGCCUGUCCCUCGGCUCCUUGAGGAGCCUGCUAUCUGUUGAACAAUGCCUGCAUCAGGACCUAAGGGGUUGUGAAAACAUUUUGCCCAGAGGGCCAGGACCGCCAGGGGAGGAAAUGUUUUCUGGUACUCUGGGAGUAGCGCCUUUUGGGGGGUGGGGGGUUCUGUCACGUUUGUCAUAGGAAUAUGAUAUUAUAAGGAACUCUGAACUACAGUUCCCAGCAGCCACUGCACCUCACUGCAUCACAGUCACAUGACCACCUGCACAUGAAUCACGUUCUUGUUAACAAGCACUUGUGUAUUCAGCCACAGUUUGCACUGCACUCUUGUCUUACUUUGAUGUUGUCCAUGUUGCUGUGUUUAAGUUCUUUGGUUUAUGUUUAGUCAUUGCCUUAGUGGUUUGCUGCCGACUCAUAGUUCUUGUUUUGUGUUUGGUUGUGCUAUUAAUUAAAGUAAAUCUGCACUUGCACCUGUCUCUGCCUCCAAAUCGUGACACCAUGGUGCAAUUCAGAACUAAGUGAAAAUAACAGAAUUCUAAGACAAAUUCUAAGACAAACAGACCACAAUACCAGUUCUGCUGUAAAAUUAAUAUGGAAAAAAGAUUUGGGGUGCACAUUUGAGGAUGAAGAAUGGGGAAAGAUUACUGGAAAUUUAUAACUGAUGUCUAAAAAUAUUAGAACACAUCUUAUACAACGUAAACUGUUGCACAGAUUCUGCUGGACACCCAGUAAGCUGUUUAGGGCAGGAUUGAGGGACAGUCUAGAUUGCUGGCAAUGCCAGAGGGAGGAGGGCAACCUGUUUCAUACCUUUGAGUCCUAGUAGGAAAGCUGAAUCACAAUGGAUACAGAGCUGCAUCAUGCUGGGCAGACUUAUCAAUAUUGUGAGAGACUUGAAGUCUCCUGAAAAGCCAUCAGCUUAUGUUGGCUCUCAGAUUUCGGGUGUGUGGCAGCCUACUAGAGACUCUCCUUUAGUUUGCAGGUGAGGAUAGAUAUCCGCUACUCUAGGUGGAGGAAAUUUCUCUACUUUUGCAAUUUGAAAUAAAUUGUAAUUAUGUGGCAAGCCAGGAAAACGACUACACUAAUGGUCACAGUAACAAUGAUAUGGUUUCUUGUGGGACCUCAUUUUCCCACCCUCUCUGUGUGUGUGUGUGUGUGUGUGUGUGUGUGUGUGUGUGCGUGUGUGUGUAUGUAUGUAUGUAUUAUUAUUAUUAUUUACACAUUUACUUUUGUUUUGUGUGUCUUUGUUUAUGUUUUUUUUUUUAUUUAAAUGAUUGAGCAUGUGUUUUACAUUGAUUUCAAGAUUUUAUUUGUCACAUACACAAUUAUAUAAAGUAUACAGUGCCCUCCACUAAUAUUGGCACCCUUGGUAAAUAUGAGCAAAGAAGGCUAUGAAAAUUUGUCUUUUUUGUUUAACCUAUGUUAAGUUCUCCAAUGUAUUUCUGUUUGCUCUAUGUGCCAUUUGUGUCUAUAUGUUGGUGGUGGGAUGGCUUUCUUUUGUCUCCUCCCCUUCUCUAGGCCCCGCCCACGGAAUGCGUCAUGUUCCGGCUUGCUACUGGAUGAUCACAUCCUGAGAACAGCUUGUGGCUGCUCAGAAAACAGAUGUUUCGCUCUCUCACUGUAUGGCUGCUGCUGUAGAUAAGGCGCAGUUACCUCAAUGUUCUACAGUGUAUUUCUUUGAGGGGGAUGUAUUAAUGCGUAAGUAGACACCCUCAAACUCUGAGCAUGUUGAAGGUCAGUUUUUCAAGUUGUGCUUCCAAAACCAUACCGAACCCAAGUGAGUAUUGCACAUGACCAUGAUCUCGCUUGUCACCUUGGUGUGAGGAAGACAUAUGACCGUGUUUUAAGGUCUAUGAGGUCAGAGGUUGCCAGGUAUUGCCGCUCCUGUCAUGUGUGUCAGGUUGCAUGGAAGCCAAACCAGGUUGUUCCCCCUAAUUCACUUCAACCAAUACCUGUUAUGGAAGAACCUUUUGAAAGAAUUUUAAUCGAUUGUGUGGGUCCCCUUCCUCGAACCAAGUCUGGUAAUUCAUACCUACUAACUUUGAUGUGUGCUGCUACUAGGUACCCUGAAGCUAUACCCCUGCGUAGCAUAAAGUCCCGUGCUGUCAUCAGAGGUCUUGUCAAGUUUUGUACCACUUUUGGUUUGCCAAAAUACAUCCAGUCAGACCAGGGUUCAAAUUUUAUGUCUGCUCUUUUCAGGAAGGUUAUGAUACAAUUGAACGUUCGUCAUCAGGUUUCUAGUGCUUACCACCCAGAGUCCCAGGGUGCAUUAGAAAGCUUCCACCAGACAUUGAAGUCUAUGCUGUGGACCUACUGUUUAGGUCAGGGAAAAGAUUGGGAUGAAGGGAUUCCCCUGUUAUUGUUUGCUAUCCAUGAUGUUGUACAAGAGUCACUUGGUUUCAGUCCUGCCGAGUUAGUCUUUGGGCACUCUGUUCGUGGACCUUUAAAGGUUUUAUAGGAAGAGUUUUUGUCUCCAAGUCUGGUGAAACCCCAAACUAGGAACGUCCUAGAUUAUGUUAGUUCCUUUUGUGAGUGCCUACAUACUGCUUUUGAGUUAGCCAAACAUUCUCUUUCAUCCUCUCAGGCCUGUAUGAAGGCUUUUUUUGAUAAAAAGGCUGUGGUGCAUACAUUCCAAGUGGGUGAUGAGGUUUUGGUUUUACUGCCAUUACCUGGCUCUGCUCUCCAGGCUAGGUUCUCAGGUCCUUAUGUUAUUGAGUCCAAGUUGAUACAGGCUAUGUUGUGAAAACCCCUGACCAG